AUGGCCGAAAUCGAUGUUUCACGUUUACCGAGCAGUGUUCGUGAACGUUUAGCGCAGCUCGAUCUUGAACUGUCCGAAGAUUCGAAAAUGACAGCGAGUCCAAGUACACGUGCGCAAAGACGUCAUCAGCGUAGGCUUACGCGUGAAGAAUCUCGAUUUCAUUCAGAAAUUCGUGCUGAAGCAGUUCAACAAGCCUUAUCCGAAUAUUCGAAAGGAAAAAAAGAACGGCCAAAUAUUUUACAGCCAAUAAAGAGGCGAGGAAUAGAAAUACGCCGAGAUAGAACGAAGAAUCGUCUAUCAGAAAGUAGUUCGGAUGAAGAUAGUAUGUUUGGAAGUAGCGAUCGAAGUAAAGGAACUCCAUCUUCACAAUCAUUAAGUGAUCGAAACAAAAAGAUCUCAGAUGUUUCUCGUGAUUCAAAAAAUAUUUCUCGUGCUCCUCCACCAGAUGUCACAUCAAAUGCUGUUGUUGCUGAAGCUGUUGUUCGGCGUAACGAAAAAAAACAACAGAAAUAUAAAUCAUCAGAGCAAUAUGAGCAACGUGUUUGGUCGAGACCAUCUAAAGAAUCCGAUCAAACCGACUCACCGAAUAUCGCUGGUUCGACUGAGUCAACAUCACUAGCAAGUGAUGCGAUGGAAGCGUGA